CAUCGAUGGGUCCUCUCCCCGGCGAUUACAGCCCCAUUCCAGAGGAUUCUCAGGCUGAAGAGAUGACAGUAGAGGAGGCUGAAACGACACAAGAGCUACAGUUCAGCAGUUUUACAGCAAAGGACUUUCGCCGGAUUAAGGUUUUAGGCAGAGGAAGCUUCGGCAAGGUUCUACUAGUAGAGUAUCUUCCAGCAAACAUCUAUUGCGCUAUUAAAGUGCUCAAGAAGGACAACAUCGAUUCCACUGAUGAUAUAGAACAGUAAGUUCAUGGGGAAUGAUUCCAUAAUUCUCUCAUUUUGCUUUUGGAGCAGUUGCUUUCUGUCUCACAAUCUUUUCUAUUUUAUAUACUUUUCUUUCACUUCCCUUCCAUUCACCCAGUUGCUUUUGUUACCAAGAUAAUUUACUCUGUGCCGGACUCAUUUUCUCUUUUAUAUUUCAGCAUUUUAACAGAGAAGCAAAUUGGGCAGUUGGUGAAUCCACACAGUUUUAUAGUGGACUUAUACGCCACAUUCAGCACCAAAAACCAGCUGUUUUUCAUCAUGGAGUUUGUGGCAGGAGGCAGUUUAAGAACCCACCUGAUGAGGAGCAAGCACUUUGAUCUACAGACAACCAAGUUCUACGCUGCUUGUAUAACGCUUGGUUUAGAAGGAAUUCACAGCAAGGACGUCAUACACAGAGAUUUAAAGCCGGGGAAUCUACUAAUGGAUCAAGACGGCUACAUCAAGAUCGCCGAUUUUGGGAUGAGCAAAACUGGCAUUGGAUAUGGAGACCGCACCAACACCAUGGUUGGGAGUCCUGCUUAUAUGGCGCCCGAAGUCGUGAUGGAGGAGGAGUACUCAAGAGCCGUCGACUGGUGGGCUCUUGGCGUCAUCGUUUAUGAGAUGCUCCUCGGAACGGUAAGCAGCAAUUGCCACUGGCCAGCUAUAGGUGGAUGUAUUAAAGUUAAAUACUGUUCUUUAUCUAUACUCAUCAAACACUCUGUAUAAAAAAGCAUGGCCUCCUAAUAAAUACCCAUGAA